AUGGGAGCAUCAUUCUUACAGCUAGAAGAAUUUUACAGACGAAUUUUAGUUAUUCCAAUUUCAAGUGCUACAGCUGAAAGGAGUUUUUCUACAAUGAGGAGAAUUAAAACGUAUAAUAGAUCGACCAUGACCGGAAAACGUUUAUACAACCUAGCUCUGCUAUCGAUUGAACGAGAAAAAAGUGAAGAGUUAAUACAAAAUCCAGACGAAAUUUUAAAUGAAUUUGCUAGUAAUAAGUUAAGAAGGUUAAAUUUUUCCAUGUAA